AUGGUGGUAGGUCUGGUGCUUGCUGGAAAAGUGGUUAUCGACUGGGGUCCGGCGAUGCUUCAUGCGAGGGAAGGAUCCUUUGACUCACGGCUCAUGGAUCAGGUAACUCGGAAAAAAGCAUUUGUUUUGAGAAAGGGUUUUUUGCCAUGAACAAAUUUUCCGAGACCGAAUAUUCUUCAAUCCUCAGCUGAUAAAAAUGUUUUGAGUAUUCUCACAUAAUAAUACCUACUUCUAAAGUUUUCACCCAUUGGCAAUGGUGACACCAAAGAACAGAUUGAAACUGUCCAGCUUUCGAUAAACCGCCUUUUCAGUUCCAACUGAACGCUCCAGCAUCGCGGUAUCCAGAGCCGCUGCGUAAUCAACACGUCCGUGUGGAGCAUGAGCCUAAAUGCGACGGAAAGAACACUCGUGGCCGGGUGAUCCUGCAGCAGCCGAUGAACUAUCCGUCGAUGAGUCCCUACGGCACUCCGAUGCCUGCCGGCAUGCCUCACAUGAUGCAGCGCAGCUCCAUCGGAUCUCCUUCUGUGUCUCAGCUUCGGGGAUCUGUCCCUUACGUUCCCGAGCACUGCCUUAUCUAUUCUCAGUACAACUCUUCACUUAAUAGCAUUCCUUCCAAUCAUGUCAGUGGAAUAAAGUCUUUUCAUAUCGAAAGGACGUUUUCAGGGACACGACAGACGGAGCUCCUCAAUGCCACGGCAUCUGAACCAGUCGAAGCAACAUUCACCACGGAAUUCGCUCUACACGACCCAUUCAAACCAUUCCAAUCAUUCUGGAGAGCAGUCUCUAGCGUUGAGCGAUGUUGGUUCCAUUCGAGUUACAGCUCUUUAGUCAGUCUUUGUUAUCGUAAGCUUUCUCUAUCUUUCACAUAGCCAUCAAUCUGAUGGGAUUCGGAACCAAGUUGAAAAUAAUGAUCAAAAUAAUAAUUUUCAUCACAAUGAGGUCUUUCGGGAGUUCGAAGCUGGGAAGCUUAUAAGCCUAUCCUACCCAUUUUUAAAGGGCCCUUCCCAUUUUGACACUUCACAUUUUUUUUUGGACUCAAGUUAUCCUAACCAAGACCAAAUAAAUUUAGAUAUGAAAGCCUCAGAAUAUGAUCCAAUGCAGUUUCAUGCUUCUCAAUCAAACAUUUCAGGUCUGUGAAUGCUCACAAUACGGAACGAUGAGAAGAAAUGACCCUCCAUUCCAAGGAGAGUCUUUCAUUCUGAACGAAAGGAGCUAUCUCAUUUGA